AUGGUUUUUUCUGGGUACAACAAUGAAGGUUUAACUGAAGGAAAGAAAGAUUCAGUGACUUUAGCUCAUCAGGCACCUCCUCCCCCUUACAAGGGCUCGGUGAAGAGUGAGCAUGUACACAGUUUCUACGAGUAUUUAUAUGUGAAGCAAAAUUGCCUUAUCUGGUUUCUUAACUUUGGUUCCACAGUCCUUCACUUCCUACCUCAUCCAAUUUCAAACCCUCUUCAUCUAAACAACCUUGUCACAAGCCUAAACCCCCAAGCCUCCACAAAUUCAUCACAGUCAGUACUCAUCUAUAAUAUCCCACACAGAAAACACUUCUUCAUCAAAUGCACUUCUGAGUCUAAAUCUACCCCUCUGCCUGAGCCUGACUUCCCAUUCCCAACUCCAACUUCUGAUACCAACAACAAAGCAGAGACAUUCCCUAUUGAAAGGAGAAGAAACUCUAAGAUAAUCCAUGACAGGGAGUCUAGAACUGGGCUAGUACAACCCGAGCCACCCAAUUUUGAGAUUGGUUGGAAGAGAAGCAAAGAGUUCAAAUUGGAUAAGCCAAAAGGCUAUGUCAUAGCUGACUUUCUAGAGAAGUUGGAGGAUCUAAUGGGGAAAGAAUUUGGAUCCACGGAGCUUUUAGCAAAAGCUGGAGAAAUUAUGGCUGAAAGAGCUAGAGAGGAAGCACAAGUGUUGAGUGAUAAAGGAGAAGUGGAGGAGAGAAUGAUGACUGAGUUGUUCAGAGUGUUGAGACUAAUGGAGAUGGAUUUGGCUAUGGUAAAAGCUGCAGUGAAGGAAGAGACAUUGGGUGAAAGGCUUGAGCAGGCCAAGGCACACUGCAGACAAGCUGUACUUGUAGCUCUCUCCUUUUGGAAGGCUCAUAUAUGUAGAGGAUUUGAAUAAUUGAUUUAUUUCAUAUUUAUUAUAUAUAUAGAUUAUCUGUUCAAUUUAUAGAAAUAUCAUAUAAAGGCUCACAUAUAGCCACAUUCAUAUGGACUUCUUCAUUGGGAGAUAUAGAUUUAAAUAAGAACUGAGUUCUUGUGAA